GCCUUCAGAAAAAAAAAAAGUGAUUUUUUUUUUAAUUCCUAAACUUGCCCGUUGGAAUCUCUGUCACAUUUUCAGCAGCUUCCGAUUCUGAUUGCAGAUGGCACUUCCAGAGAAUGAUGGCCGAGGGAAAAAAAUUUUGGAAGAGAAGAGUAGUAAAAAUGGAGUAGUUGGUUCAAAUGUCGCUGAUUCUGAUAUUGAUUCUGAUCCUGAUCACGAUUAUGGUAUGUAUGUCGAUGGUCGCCCUAUGUCCCGGAAACUUCGGUUGGAAUAUAAUCGGCAGGUGGAUGAGAGCGAGAGUGGUGGCUCCAAUUAAUCCACAACGGGGUUGCGAGAACAUCCCAAGAUAUACCGAGCUGUCUCACAUGGCCAUUGACGAUUUCAAUUCACAGAAUAAUAAAAGAUACGAAUUUGUCAAAAAUUUGACUGUGACCACAUCACUUGCUGCUGGUUUUUGGUGUCGUAUCACCUUUCAAGAUAGGGAUGCUGAUGCUAAUGCUGCUGCUUCUGAUGCUGUAAAGACCUUUCAAACAUUGGCGUGGUGGGGAUUGAUGGAGACAAAGAAAUUAUAUUUUGCAGGCUUAAGAAACAAUCCAGUGGUGAAGGUAAACCUUUUUUUAUGCAUCUUCUCACUUGUUACUUACAUUGCUUUUAUAUGCAACAUGCUCAGUGGCUAGGAAUUUUUUCAAGGGUCUUUAAACUUGAAAGAAGUGAAAAAAUUCUCCGACAAAGAGUGUUCAGUAUAUGCUAUAUACCUAUAAAACCUAAUAAUUUUCCUAUAUACUCAGUGCUAUUUUCCGAUGAAGGGCGGUCAACUAUCAGACAUAUGGCUUCACCCAUGAACAUGCUUAUGCUAAGAUAUAUAAACUUCCAAUGGUUGUGCCCUCUUAGGAUUACCUUGUCCCUCGUGGGGUUUUUU